GCGGACUUGGGCAGGAAGCUCAAUGCCGCCCUCUCUUCUCUCAACCGGGCCCCUGUAGUCGACGAGAAAGUCGUUGAUGCGACACUCAAAGAAAUCACAACCGCUCUCCUCGAAUCCGACGUCAAUGUCAAACUCGUCCAGUCACUCCGGCAGAAAGUCAAGACGAAAGUCAAGGCUUCGUUGGAGGCUACCGCCGACAAAACUAAAGAAUCUGGAAGGAAGAACUUGAUACAGAAGGCCGUGUUCGAUGAACUGGUCGCUUUGGUGGAUCCUGGGGUGGAGCCAUAUAAGCCCAAGAAAGGGCAGGCGAAUAUUCUCAUGGCAGUAGGUCUGCAGGGAAAUGGCAAGACGACGACGUGCACAAAGCUGGCAGUUCAUUACCAGAAACGCGGGUUCAAAUCAGCCAUCGUCUGCGCUGAUACUUUCCGAGCAGGGGCUUUCGAUCAGACUCGACAGUCCGCCACUAAGGCCAAAGUAGCGUAUUUUGGCUCCUACACGGAGACAGAUCCUGUCACGAUUGCCGCACAAGCAAGAGUCGGAACUGUUCCAAGAAAUGGUUCAGAUUGGGGAGGCGGUUCAACCCAACCAGACGAUCCUCAUUCUCGAUGCCAGCAUCGGUCAAGCGGCUGAAGCGCAAAGUCGAGCAUUCAAAGAUAGUGCCAAUUUUGGGGCUAUCAUCGUAACGAAAAUGGAUGGGCAUGCUAAGGGUGGUGGUGCUAUAUCAGCAGUUGCCGUGACCAAGACGCCGAUCAUCUUCCUGGGUGUCGGAGAACAUCUGCACGAUCUUGACCGGUUCUCACCGGAGCCUUUCAUCUCAAAACUGCUCGGGCUGGGAGACAUGCAAGGCCUGAUGGAACACAUGCAGGACAUGGCUGCUGCAAAUCCGGACAAGCAGCAAGAAAUGGUCAAGAAACUGGAGGAGGGAAAACUGAGUAUCCGCGACUGGAAGGAGCAGAUACAGAACGUGAUGAAUAUGGGACCCAUCAGCAAGAUCGCGUCGAUGAUACCAGGCUUACCGCAGGAAUUGAUGGCAGGGAGUGAGGAAGAGGGCACUCAGAGAAUGAAGCGGAUGAUCUACAUCACAGACAGCAUGACCACGGCAGAGCUCGACUCGGAUGGCACACCCUUCAUGGAGACAGGCAAGGACGGGAAGCCUACUGGAGUGACAUGGCGAGUGACCAGGGUUGCUCGAGGCAGCGGAACGAGCGUUAGAGAAGUCGAGGAGUUGCUGGUCCAGUAUCGGAUGAUGGCGAACAUGGCAAAGCAAGCGGGUGGCAAGAACGGAUGGCUUUCUGCGAUGCAGAAGAUGCAAGCUGCGGCUGGCGGCAAGGGCCGCGGCCUGAAUGGCGCACCGACACCUGCACAGAUUCAAGCCAUGCAGGUGCGCAGCAGUUAGCUCUCUUCCAGCUCUUCCUUCCUAACGCACAACACAGAGGGCGAUGCCUCCGGGGAU